AAUCGAUUCGGUAGUUUCUCUACGAUGCGUAAGCAUCAGUCGCUCGAUUGUUGUUACACAAGUUAGUGCUGUUGAAGUUGGAUGGGUAUUUAAAAUGUUUGCAGUAAUUUCGAAUUCCAUGAAAACAGCUGUGUUGAUUGUGAUAAUUUGUCAACUGUGUUGCAUCCAUGCUCAAUCCAAAUAUCACAUCGCUCCGUAUGAGAGCAAUUGGUUCGAGGCGUCCGAAUACUGCCACCGGCUAGGUAUGCGGCUGGCCAUAGCCGAUUCCGAGGAAAAGCACAAUGCCAUCGUUGCGGAAGCCAAGGCCGCUGAACUGCAUGCGUCCGGAUUCUUCGGAGUAUGGCUGGGAGCUACCGAUCUGGCUCGGUCGAGAAACUUUAUCUGGCACAACACCGGAGCACGAUUGCGCUACUCGAAGUGGGACGAAGGCGAACCCAGCGGAGGCGAUGAGCACUGUGUGGUGCUGUACUACUGGCCUACGCAGGGUUUCAACUGGACGUGGAAUGAUGCCCCGUGUAGUACCGAGUUGUACGCCAUCUGCGAGAAUUUGGGUAAGGAGGGAUGUGUACAGGAGUUUUAAAUUGAUUCCUACGUGGUUGUGAAAGUGAUUUACAAUAAAUAUCUUACGAAUAACUGGGAUUCUUUUUACGCAUAACUG